UAUAUAAUUUUGUAUAUUUUAAUGAAACAAUCAUCUUGUAAAAAAAAACAGAUUCAUCUUGUCAAAAUAACAUGUAAAUGUUUAGUACCUGAGAAAUGGAGGAAACACCUAAGUCUGUCUUUGGAAUUAUCAAUAUAGAAAUGAAAGCACCCUAACUUUUUUGUCUUUUCAAAUGAAUAUGUCAAAAUUUUCCUUGAAAUUCUCGAUUACUUUAUAACAUAGAUGCUGCAUUCACAUAUUAUAACCAUAAGGAUUUUUCUGUAGAAAGCUAUUACAAAAUAUAGUUGUCAACCCCAGAGAGGAUAGGAUCAUUGAAAUAAACAUGGCUAUUGAAUUGGGAAAUGGUAAAUGGCAUGGUUCAGUUAGUGGAAUAGUUUGUGCACCUAUUGAAAAAGUUUGGACCAUAGUCUCACAAACUAAGAACCUUCCUCAAUGGAUGCCAAUGGUAGAAAAAUACACAACCUUAUCUGGAGAUGAAGACAAACAAGGCUAUGUUAGGUUAGUUUCUGGUUUCAUGUUUCCUCAACAAGAUGGAGAAAGGUCAUGGAUCAAAGAGAGGUUAAUUUCAUUGGACUCUUCAUCAUAUAGCUAUGUUUAUAAAAUGGAAGCAAGCAAUGUUGGUUUGGAUGGAUCUUUAAAUUCACUUAAACUAGUUGACUAUGGAGAUGAUGAAUCAACUCUUAUUCAUUGGUCUUUUGAGAUAAAUCCUCUACAAGAUGUUUAUGAAAAUAGCUUAGUUGAUUAUCUAGGAUUUAUUUAUAAAUCUUGUAUUAAUAAGAUUGAGAGUGCUAUAGUAGCUGCAUCAUGAAAUGUUUCACCACCACAGUGAAAAAGAUUCAUAUGUAAAUUACUAAAAAUUACUAACAU